GGGAAGAGCAACAAUAACAGCAGCAACUCCACAGAGUCCAAGUGUUUCUGCAGUACAGGUGUGAAAGUGGAGCUCUGAUCCUGCAGUCUGCAGCCAGUCAGCUCAUCCUACGCAGUAGGUACUGAGUAUGGCGUCGAAUGCUAGUCACAUGUUGGAGGCCGCUUUGGAGCAGAUGGAUGACAUUAUCGCAGGAUCUAAGGCGAUGGUGGAGUACAGUAAUGGUGUAAAUGAUCUGGGUUCUCCAGUCAGUGUGAGUGCGCUGCAGGUGUUACAGUUAGCUGAGGAGCUACGUUUAGCUCUGGAGCUUCAGGAUGGUCAUGAAGGUCCGGAGUCUCUGCGCUCACAGCUGUCCUGUUCAACAGCUCAGUCCCUGCUGCAGUGGCUCGAGAAAGGAACGGUUAACCAACAGUCAUCUCCAAACAAUGAGACGUAUCAAGAGCGCUUGGAAAGAUUAGAGGGGGAUAAAGAGUCUUUGGUUCUGCAGGUGAGUGUACUGACAGAGCAGGUGGAGGCUCAGGGAGAGAAGAUCAGAGAUCUGGAGGCUUCACUGGAGGAGCACCAUCAUAAACUCAUCUCCACUGAGGAAAUGCUCCAACAGGAGCUGCUGAAUCGUACUUCACUGGAAACACAGAAGCUGAACCUGACUGAUGAGGUUUCCUAUCUGAAGCUUAAGCUGGUCAGUAUGGAUGAGGAUCAUGGGCACACGGACGCAGAUGACAAACAGCACAAAGCCGAGUGUGUGGUUAAUGUGAUCAGCGAGCUUCAGGCACAGAUGCGCAAGUUCCAGCAGGAGAUCACGACACGUAUCCAGAACCAACGGGCUCUCGAGGGCCAAGCGGAGAGCGCGGCUCAUGUCGCAUACAAUGGACAAGAUGCCACAGAUCACGGCCUGGAUUCGGGCAUGUGGUCACCGAACGGCGAGGACUGCAGCAGCAGCUUUAGAUCUGGAGGAGACAACCAGGCUUUGCUACAUGAGCUGCAGUCGUUGAAGGCCAAGGUGGACAAACUGGAGACAGAAAAAUGUCAGUAUGAGAGAAAGCUGAAGGCUACAAAGGGGGAACUCUCUGAGCUUCAGCAGGUCCUUUCUUCCAAAGAUGCUGAGAUUGAGAGCCUCCAGAAUCAGCUCCUAUCCAUAGGAAAUGCUAAUGGCGACAGCGUGGACAGAGAGGAGUUGUACAGGAGGAAGUUAACAGAUAAAUAUCUGGAGUUACAGAGGCUUCGAAUUGGGAUGGAGACACUUUUAGCUGCCAAUGAUGAAAAGGAUCAUCAUAUAAAGGAGCUUACAGCUCUGCUGGGUCAGUACAGAAAAGGAAAGGACAUGAUGAUCUCUCAAGAUCGUUUGCUGUAUGGCAGCAGUGAGGAGGAUCUAAGUGGAUCUUUGAAAGGACAAGUUCUUCCUAAAAAAGCUUAUUCUGAUAUUGUCCGGUCUGACGUACAGGUGUCAUCAGCAUCACGAGGAACACCUCAACUCUUACUGUCUCCGAUGUAUCUGCAAAAUAACCUGGAUUCUAAGUUGGUGCCAAGAAUGCUGUCGUCCAGUCUGGAGGAGUUACAGAGCGGCCAUAAACAGAGGCAUGUAAUGGAGCAGCCAAUUGCACCUGUUCUAGAGAAUCGGCUCAUAUCAGACAGCAGUAAGUAUCGGACACUUCCAGGGAAGUUUUCUCGUCCGGUAAUGAACGGGGAGAGAGAUUCGUCUCCGCUACAUCUAUCACCUGACGAGAGUGAAGAGAGCGAGAUCAGUCUGACAAAGUCAGAGAAGACAGACGAGUCCACACUGUCGGACCUGUCGCCGCUGUCUUCAGGCAUGGACUCGGGCCAGCAGUCUCCUAUUUCUCCUGAGAAUAAGAAGAACCAGAGAGGCAUCCGGAAACUGUGGGGAAAGAUCAGAAGGACUCAGUCGGGGAGUCUCCCAGCAGACUGUGUGGAUGACUUCAGAAGGGGAGGAGUCCGUGCCACGACGGGACCCCGGCUAGCAUGUGUCAGCAACAGAUUCUCAGGACGAGAGAUGAACACUCCCUUCUCAAAAUGGUCAUGUGAUCAGGUGUGUGCAUGGUUGGAGGAUAAUGGGUUGGAACAGUAUGUCCUCAAUGCCCGGCAGUGGGUGAACAGUGGGCAAACUCUCCUCUCAGCCUCUAUACAUGACUUCGAAAAGGAGUUGGGGAUGAAGCACCCACUGCACAGGAAGAAGCUACAACUUGCCCUGCACUCGUUCACCACCAGACAACAUGAGAAAUCUGCAGAGCUCGACCACAUCUGGGUUACACGAUGGUUGGAUGAUAUUGGGUUACCGCAGUAUAAAGACCAGUUCCAUGAAGGUCGUGUGGAUGGGAGGAUGCUGCAGUACCUCACUGUGAAUGAUCUUCUGCUUUUGAAAGUGAGCAGCCAGCUGCACCAUCUGAGCAUUAAAUGUGCCGUUCAUGUGCUUUAUGUGAAUAAGUUUAAUCCUAACUGUCUAAAACGAAGACCAGGGGACGAGUCGCAGGCACCAUCAUCGCCCUCUGAGGUGGUUCAGUGGUCCAACCAUCGUGUGAUGGAGUGGAUGCGCUCAGUGGAUCUGGCUGAAUACGCACCAAACCUGAGGGGCAGCGGCGUGCACGGGGGUCUAAUUAUCCUGGAGCCACGCUUUAACUCUGACACGUUAGCGAUGAUGCUCAACAUUCCUCCUCAGAAGUCCCUGCUGAGGAGACACCUCAACACCAAUUUUAAUUCUCUGGUGGGAAAUCAAGCCCAACGAGAAAAACGAGAACACAUGGAGUCGCCGAACUACACACCACUCUCCACCACAGCUAAAGUCCGGCCAAAGAAAAUAGGUUUCAGCCAGCUCAGAAAGAAGCGCCCAGACGACCCCGAUGACUACAUCUGCCCUCCAGGGUCUUCUCAGGCUCUGUCUCUGCAUGGGAAUAAACAGCAGGUCAACGCUGCGAUCGAGGCGUGGGGCACUGAGAGGAGGGACCAGAUGCUAAUAACUAAAGGAGCAGUGACACAGAUUGAGGCCUUAUCAGAAAGAAUUAACCAUCUGACACAUUUACUCAGCCGGGAAACCCUUCUGAGGGGAAUGAGACGCAGCCAGACAGCCAUGGUGUGACCAAACACUGCCUCGCUAACACCACAAUUACCUCUCCAACCUUGCACAGUGACAUAUCAGAUCUCCAGCACCUCCAUGACCCCUGCCUGAUCCAGUCCACGCCUCAUCCCUCUGUCUAACACACCACGUCCCCCAGUGGAGGCUUCCAGUAACAGCACUUACAAAAAACCAGACUGAGCUUUGCUUGUAAAAUCUGACAAUCAGAGACGUUUUAUGAUCAAACUUCUGAAUUUGAACUCACUGCGCUUAAAUUCAGCCACAUUUCUUAAUAUGAUUAGAACACAGUGAAAUAAGAUUAUAUUGUUAGUAUUUUUCUAAGCGUAUGGCACGUGUGUUAGGAAUGUUUAGGAUGUAUGAUAGACACUGUGCAUCAAAACUUUAGA